AUGACUCAAUCUACUAGAAAAGCUCGCAAAAAGUUAUCCCCCAUAGAAUCUUUUAAAAAAAUAUUUUAUUCUAAAAUUAAUAUAUUUUUGUUUUUCGUUCCCGUGGGAUACAUAGUGCACUUUCUUAGCUUAAAUGCCAUACUAGUUUUUACAAUAAAUUCUCUGGCUAUUAUAUCAUUGGGUUACCGGCUUAAUGAACUUACGUACUAUUUUGAAGAGCCUAUUAUAAGAAACAUAAUAGAUGUAUUAUUUAGAAAUUUGAUAGAAUUAAUAAUAACUAUAAUUACGUUGGUGAAUGGUCAAAUUCAAUUGGUCCAAUCAGUAGUGCUAGGAUCUUUAUUCUUUAAUAUUCUGCUUGUAUUAGGAUUGUGUUUUCUCGUUGGUGGAGUCAAAAUUCUUAAAAAAGAAAAGCUUGAACAAGAUUUUAGUUCGACAAUUGCACAAACUAUUACUGGAGUGUUGACAUUAUCAUGUAUUUCUCUAGUUCUACCUGCUGCAUUCAGUGUUUUUGUCCAAAAAAGUUAUGAUAUGUUAUACACCCAUGAUAAACUAUUUAUAUUAAGUCAUGAAGGCGAAGAAUAUAUAGACACGAUAACGUCAUUAGUUUUGCUUGCCAUGAUGGCCGUAAUUAUUGUUUUUUCAGCCAUAUUUCUCAUAAAAUCAAUAGAUGGAAUUGUUGGUCUAAGUAAACCUUUUAUUGGGUUGAUUUUACUACCUAUAGUUUGUCAUAUUGCUAAGUUCAUUACCAUUGCCUUCGUUGAUAUUAAAUAUAUUGAAUUCGAAGUAUGCGAUGAAUGUAGAAAAAAAAUGAAGGCAACUAAAUAUGAAAAUAAUACUGAAUGUGAUGAAUGUAAAAAAAUCAAACCAACUAUACGUGAAAAAAGAAUGAAGGCAACUACCAUUCUAUCUUCUAAAAGUUCAAUUCGAACCGCGUUGCUUACUACCCCACUCUUGGUGAUUUUGGGAUGGAUUAUUAGUAAGCCUAUGUCCCUGUCUUUUUCACCAUUUGAAACUAUUUGUGUAGUUAUUGCAAUUAUACUCAAAAAUUACUUAGUUCAGAUGGGAAAUCAAAUUGGUUAG